CAUCUCUUUCUCUCCAUCUCUCUCUCUCUCUCUGCCCUCCUUGAGUUUGAGUUUGAGUUCGAGUUCGAGUUUGAAUUCUCAGAGAAUCGACGAACUCGAGAGGUGUAGUAUCGGUUUCAUUUUACUAAAUUAAGAUCUCAAACUCAAAGUCGCAUUUCGUGCUUUCUAAUCGCUGAAGAAUUGUUCUCCUCUGUCAUUUUUGGGUCUGAUUUUUGAUAGCUUCAUUCUGAAUAGAUAUGGCGCGUCCAAAUGUACCCAAAUUCGGCAACUGGGAAAGCGAAGAUAACGUGCCUUACACGGUUUAUUUUGACAAUGCUCGGAAGGGUAAAACCGGUGGAAAGAUGAUCAAUCCAAAUGACCCAGAAGAGAAUCCCGAAAUGUUUGCUGAUAAAACACCUCCGGCUCCAACUCUUCGCUCCAGAAACCACACCCAACCGGAAGAACCGGUCGGCAGGCGGGCAGUUCGGCCCACUCAAGAUAAUAGGGUGAGCAGGGAAGAUAACGAGUAUCCUGCCCCUAAUGAGAACACGGGCCGGCGGACUUCUGGCAGCUCCGCCAAUCAACGUGGUGGUCAAGGGACGGGUGCAGGUCGUCCGGUGAAGCAUAGUGCUGGAUCCGAUCAAAGCUUUGACCGAUCACCGAUGCAUCCCCAUUAUCAGGCAAAGGCCGCCAAUAAGGGUAGCGGAUCUCCGGCUUGGGAAGGAAAGAAUUCUUAUGAUAGUAGCCAUGGAACUCCUACACGGUCGAGAAUGAAGCCGACUCGAGGCGACGAAUCCCCCGAUAGAGGAGCUGCCGUUCCGAGAUUCGGCGAGUGGGAUGAGAACAACCCUUCAUCGGGUGACAACUAUACUCACAUCUUCAACAAAGUACGCGAGGAACGUGUAACCGGAUCACCCAUGGUGUCUGGUUCCGAUGCACGACCAAAUUACAACAUUCCACGUAACCAGAAAACUGAUAGCAAGUGCUGCUGCUUCCCAUGGUCCAAGUAAAUCAAGAUUUUGGAAGUUUUGUGAAUAGAGGGCUCUGCAUAUUCAGAGUUGGCUUCAUUUGUCAUACAUUAC